AUGGGGGUGUUCGACACGGUGCUCACCACAGCCGGAGAAUUCGGUCCUUACCAAAGGCGCUUGUACUUUGUGCUGUGUCUGUUGUGUGUGACGGUCGGUGUGAGUGCUGUAGUGGUCAUCAUGGUGGUAGCUGAGCCCUCGCACAGGUGCUCACUUCCGUCCUAUGAAAACGACACAUAUAAAAUCCAGGAUGCGGAUCAUGAGCAAAUCGUCAACCUGACCAUCCCGACGACGCUGAUUCAAGGGGUCAAAGUAUACGACCAGUGUAAGAUCUAUACAUGGUCACCGGAAAAUGGGACAGGGGGCAUGCCCAGUGGUGCUCUACAUACUGAAAGCUGCGAGAGUUGGGUUUAUGAUAAAACCCACUAUGAGUCAACAGCAGUUUCCAAGUUGGGCAUGGUGUGUGAGAAAAGCUCGCUCCGGUCUCAUGCCAAGAUGGCGUACAUGCUGGGAAAAGCUAUUGGGGUUGUCGUACUCAGUAUCUGUUCAGAUUUGUUCGGCAGGAAGAAGCUGUUGAUCCUCUCACUCGCCUUGUCUGUUGUCAGUGGUUUUAUCUGCGCCUGGGUCAGUAACACCAUCGCUCUCUGCUUCGCUUUGGCCUUUCUCGGGACUUCCAAUGUAGGCGUUUACACCACCAUUUUCGUUAUUGGAAUGGAGGUGACAGGACCAGGUAAACGAUAUUACGCAGGUACGGUGCUGGAUUUCUUCUUCGCCCUCGGGGAAUGCUCUGUGGCUGGGGUCGGGUACCUGCUCCGUGACCGUAACCUCACCAUCACCGUUCUCAUAAUUCCGAAUGUCUUACUUCUUCCCUGUCUCUGGUGGGUCCCAAUGCUUGCCAUAUCAGUGCGUGUCUCCUUGAGAGAGGAUAGAUAA